CCACUACCAGCGGGCCCCAGUUCACCAUCGAAGAAGCGGCAUCGAGGAAACCGGUACGAACGCUCGAGAAAAUCAAGAUGUGGGGGAAGGGGAAGAAGCGCUUCGGCGGCGGGGGCGGGGGCGAGCCGGCGGCCAAGCGCCAGGCCGCCGGGGACGAGGGGCCUUCUGAAUCCGCCGAAGACGGAACCGUCGUGGCCGAGAUAUCGAAGAACAAGAAGGUGUCGGUGAGGAGCUGGAAGGGCAAGGUCUACGUCGACAUGCGCGAGUUCUACGUCAAGGACGGCAAGACCCUCCCUACCCGCAAAGGUAUAUCACUGCAGUUGGAUCAGUGGAAGAUACUGAGGGACAAUAUCAAAGCCAUAGAUGAGGCCAUCAAGGAGAACGCGUGAUAGGAAGCCUUGGAGCUGGAUCACGUUGGGGCAAACUUUUGCGUGCUCUCUUCAGACGCCUGAUGUCCGCUAGUAGGUCCCAUACUGGUUUUCCGUUGCUCCCCGAUGCUGCAGUGUUGCACCUUGAUCACCUCUUGUUGUUUUAGGUUGCUGGACGGCAACUAUGUAGUCUGCACUUUAGGCAUCCAGAUGACAUGUUCCCAUGCAGUCUCACUUCUGUUUGGGGAUCUGAUGGUGUGUGGGCAAGCAUGGAUCAGCGGCGCACACCAGUGGAUUCGCCUUUAUUUCUUCCGGUUUGAAUGGAUCGGCGGCGCGCACCAGUGGACUCGCCUUUAUUUUA